GUCGGUGUGAGGGAAGGAUGCCGCUGCCCGUCCAGGUCUUUAACCUGCAGGUACCGCACGGACCGAGCCCGGCCCUACCGGGUGCAGUGGAGCCCAUGCAGAUCGAUGUGGAUCCUCAAGAAGACCAACAAAACGCGCCCGAUAUCAACUACGUGGUGGAAAACCCCACUCUGGACUUGGAGCAAUAUGCAUCUAGUUACAGCGGUCUGAUGCGGAUUGAGCGGCUGCAGUUUAUUGCUGACCACUGCCCACAGCUGCGGGUGGAAGCUCUCAAGAUGGCUCUGUCGUUUGUCCAGAGAACUUUCAAUGUUGAUGUGUAUGAAGAAAUCCACAGGAAGCUGUCUGAGGCCACCAGGGAGCUGCAGAAUACACCUGAUGCUGUCCCUGAUAGCGGAAUUGAACCUCCUCCUCUCGACACAGCCUGGGUUGAAGCUACACGCAAAAAAGCUCUUCUUAAACUGGAGAAACUUGACACAGAUCUGAAAAAUUACAAAGGGAACUCCAUCAAAGAGAGUAUCAGGAGAGGCCACGAUGACUUGGGUGAUCAUUACCUUGACUGUGGGGACCUCAGCAACGCUCUCAAGUGUUACUCACGAGCCCGUGAUUACUGCACCAGUGCUAAGCAUGUGAUCAACAUGUGUCUCAAUGUCAUCAAGGUCAGUGUCUACCUCCAAAACUGGUCUCAUGUUCUGAGCUAUGUAAGCAAGGCUGAGUCUACGCCAGAAAUUGCAGAACAAAGAGGAGAAAGAGACAGCCAGACACAAGCAAUUCUCACUAAACUGAAAUGUGCAGCAGGCUUGGCUGAACUUGCUGCACGGAAAUACAAACAGGCAGCAAAGUGCUUCUUGUUGGCAUCAUUUGAUCACUGUGAUUUCCCUGAGCUGUUAUCUCCUAGCAAUGUAGCUGUGUAUGGUGGUCUCUGUGCCUUGGCUACGUUUGAUCGUCAGGAACUGCAACGGAAUGUGAUCUCCAGCAGUUCCUUCAAAUUGUUUUUGGAGCUGGAGCCACAGGUUCGUGACAUCAUCUUCAAGUUCUAUGAAUCUAAAUAUGCUUCAUGCCUGAAGAUGCUGGAUGAGAUGAAGGACAACCUGCUGCUGGAUAUGUACCUUGCACCUCACGUCAGGACACUUUAUACUCAAAUUCGAAAUCGUGCCCUAAUUCAGUACUUCAGCCCCUAUGUGUCAGCAGAUAUGCACAAGAUGGCGACUGCUUUUAAUACCACAGUGGCUGCUCUGGAAGAUGAACUUACUCAGCUGAUUUUGGAGGGACUGAUCAAUGCCCGAAUAGACUCGCACAGUAAGAUUCUUUAUGCUCGGGAUGUAGACCAGCGCAGCACAACUUUUGAGAAGUCUUUACUGAUGGGCAAAGAGUUCCAGCGACGUGCCAAAGCGAUGAUCCUGCGAGCUGCAGUGCUGCGCAACCAGAUCCACGUCAAGUCUCCUCCAAGAGAAGGUAGCCAAGGGGAGCUUACACCAGCUAACAGCCAGUCCAGAAUGAGCACCAACAUGUGAUGAUAAACUUCAUGCGUUACCAAAAGAAAUGGUCUCUCUGGGACUCUGCCCAGUGUCACACCCACAAACUGCUGAGCUUCACAAACUGUUCCUGCCUCCCUCACUUUGUGCUCGGAUUGAGAGGGUCAGGGCUGAUGAUGGAUAAUAGGAAUGUUCCAGUCACUUCAGUUCUCCUUGAAAAGAAAUUCUUUCUCAAAACGGCGUCCCUGCAAUGGGUCAUCAUUUCAGGUUUAGUAGGAUUCUCCCCUCCUUCUCCUUCACCAGUCACUCCAUAGAGUGUUGGCAGAUUAUUUAUACAGAUGCUGAUUUGAGGUUGGUUCAGCUGCUGUUAGUUUUCUUGUUUCUGAGCUGCAAAAACAGGUAGUGUUCAGCUGAACCAGCAGGAUCGCUCUAAGAUGAGUUUCACUGGUAGGAAAGUAUUGCUUUGUUUCUGAGCAAUGCUGUGCUUUCUCUUUAUUUCAAAUAAACCCUUUGAAGUGCGUUGCUCUCAGUUACGCAACUGGAGUUCUGGUUGGAGAUGUGAUUCUUUUGAGAAACUCUUAGUGUUUUGUUUGUUUUACCUGCACCUAAACACGUGGCACUGUUUCCAUGCAUUCAGUCUCAGGCCUUUAUUUUAGGUUGUUAUGUGUAUGUGGCUCUGUGUUGGUUUUCCUUCUCUUUGGUCUCUGUUUUCAAAGACUGUUUCCUGAUGUGCUUCCACUUGUGCAUGACCUGGCUUUGGGAUCCUCCCUUAUCACAGCAGUCAAUCUCUUCCUUCUGUAAAUGCUGCUCUGCUUGUACUGCCAUCGUGUGUGAUGGUUUCCCAACACGUGCAGUAGUCAGUUCUGGCAGCACAGAUAAAUGCUAUAGAAAACCAUGCAAGUCCUGGAGCAGAGCAACAGUCAAUCCAGGUGCUGCUCUGCAGGUGCAUUUAUUCCCAUUUUCCUUUUAUAAAGGGGUUAAAGUUGGCAGCCCAGGUGUGUCUGUGUGUGUGGUGUUAAUGCAAGGAGACAUGCACUGAAUCUGAAGUCACUGCAGCUUUGCAUUCAUCUUAUCCAUAAGGUAAGCUGAGAAUCUGGGUCCAGCCCUGACUGGUCCGGUAACUGACUACAGAUGUUAUUGUUCAUCUUUUUUUUUCUUAAUAAUAAUAAUAAAUGUUGUUAUAACGGUGCAUUAAA